AUGGAAAUGGAAUUGCCUGCGACACCUACGGCUACUGCUGAUACACGAGGAAUGCACUUUAAUUUCCAGUCCCCUACGGCUGAUAAAGCGCAACAGUCAUUGCGAAUGCAAGUGGCUGUACAUAACUUUAACAAACGCGUAGCUUGUGAUUCACCAGUUGCCUCUGAAGGUCCUGCAUCUCCAUUACCCGUGGCCACGUGCAACUUUACAGCGCUUAGUCGCCAUUUCCAUCUACCACUUAAAGUAGCAGCUGAGAAAUUUGGAGUGCGUGCCACAGCCUUUAAGAAGCGAUGCCGAGCCAUUGGAAUCCGCCACUGGCCUUACCGUAAAGUACGUAGUCUCAAGCGAUCAUUACAAGAACUCGAACAAUGUCAACGGCAGGCCCAGGAUGGUUCGGGUCCACAGCUUUCGGACAAGCAGAUACGACAGUUUGCAGGAUACCGGAGUCAAUUGAAGCGCCUUUUGUCGCCCGAGACCUACGGUAUUGAUCCAAAUGGCCAGAUGUUGCCUGCCUAUUUCUUCCAAGGUGAUGCUGAUGGAAGCAAUACUCCUGACGAUCACGACUCGGACGAGGAUUCAUGCAGCUCAAGGAGUCCACGACCAAGCGUCGAGCAUUUUGUUCACAGGAACAAGACACGCAAGCACCUCUUUACGGACUCACCAUCUUCGAGCUCUGCCUCGUCACCACACCGUGACAAUAUGUUCUUGAGCAAUCCUAUGGCUAUGCACGCAGCAAGUGGCUACAACCGUGCACAGUACAAUACCGGGAUGACCUCCAUGCAGACGGGCUUUGUCUUUGACACAUUGUAUGACCCCUUUGGCGAGCUCAGUACGUCCAAUAUGGACCCUUACGGAGACAAUGACCAUCCGUCCUGUGGUUACUCUCUUGAUGCCAUCUCGUACGACUUUUUCCCAUUGCAACCAUCACCAACCAUGGCCAUGCGAAAAACUCAAACUGCGGCGACCAGUACGUCCACAUCCUUGGACGGAACAUCAGAUACGACCAUAUCGGGUGGACUUGAUAGCCUCGAGGACGACAUUUUCCGCCACAUUUCUCCCGAGUACGGCUGCCUUGUGUAG